UGCACAAGUCAUGGUACGUUAGUCAAUUCUGAACAUGAUCAGGAGAGAUAUGAUGCACUUUGGAGUGAACGGAAGUAUCACUGAACCAGGCUUCUUCAAAACACAAGUAACAGAUCUGAGCCUCACUGAAGAUGAUCUGAAGAAAUGGUGGAGCAACCUCCCAACAGAGGUCAGGAGAGCCUACGGAGACUCAUACCUGCAUGACUAUAUAAAUUUGCAGGAGUUCUCCAUGAAGAUUCUGGCCAGUAGUGACCUUUCCAAAGUGACGUCAUGCAUGCCACAUGCCAUGCUGUACGCAACAAUUUUUACACAGCCCUCCAUCUUGAAAAACAAUUCUGCUGCUUUGCAAAAAAAAAAAAAGGCCUAA